CCCCCCCCCGCACCCUCCGGGCCCCCCCCGCCCCCGGGCCCCCCCCCCAAAAAAAGGGCUCAAGUAGUGCCGGCGGCGCAGCCGAGACUGCAGGCGCGCAUCGCCCACCGCAUCCAGGAGCUGGAGAACCUGCCCGGCUCGCUGGCCGGAGACCUGAGAACCAAAGCCACCAUCGAGCUGAAGGCGCUGCGGCUGCUCAACUUCCAGAGACAGCUGCGGCAGGAGGUGGUGGUGUGCAUGCGGCGCGAUACGGCGCUGGAGACGGCGCUGAACGCCAAGGCCUACAAGCGCAGCAAGCGGCAGUCGCUGCGGGAGGCGCGGAUCACCGAGAAGCUGGAGAAGCAGCAGAAGAUCGAGCAGGAGAGGAAACGCAGGCAGAAGCACCAGGAAUACCUCAACAGCAUCCUGCAGCACGCCAAGGAUUUCAAGGAGUACCACCGCUCCGUCACCGGGAAGAUCCAGAAGCUGACCAAAGCGGUGGCCACGUACCACGCCAACACGGAGCGCGAGCAGAAGAAGGAGAACGAGCGCAUCGAGAAGGAGCGGAUGCGCCGCCUGAUGGCUGAGGAUGAGGAGGGCUACCGCAAACUGAUCGACCAGAAGAAGGACAAGCGGCUGGCCUACCUGCUGCAGCAGACGGAUGAGUACGUGGCCAACCUGACCGAGCUGGUGAGGCAGCACAAGGCGGCCCAGGUGGCCAAGGAGAAGAAGAAGAAGAAGAAGAAGAAGAAGGCAGAGAACGCUGAGGGUCAAACUGCGGCCAUUGGCCCCGACGGAGAGCCGCUGGACGAGACGAGCCAGAUGAGCGAUCUGCCCGUGAAGGUCAUCCACGUGGAGAGUGGCAAAAUCCUCACCGGCACCGACGCCCCCAAGGCUGGGCAGCUGGAGGCCUGGCUGGAGAUGAACCCGGGGUACGAAGUCGCUCCCAGGUCUGACAGCGAAGAAAGCGGUUCGGAGGAGGAGGAGGAGGAGGAGGAGGAGGAGCAGCCGCAGCCGGCGCAGCCCACACUGCCCGUGGAGGAGAAGAAGAAGAUCCCGGAUCCCGACAGCGACGAUGUGUCCGAGGUGGACGCGCGGCACAUCAUCGAGAACGCCAAGCAGGACGUGGACGAUGAGUACGGGGUGUCGCAGGCGCUGGCCCGGGGCCUGCAGUCGUACUACGCGGUGGCCCACGCCGUCACCGAGCGGGUGGACAAACAGUCCACGCUGAUGGUCAACGGGGUCCUCAAGCAGUACCAGAUCAAAGGGUUGGAGUGGUUGGUGUCGCUGUACAACAACAACCUGAACGGCAUCCUGGCCGACGAGAUGGGGCUGGGGAAAACCAUCCAGACCAUCGCGCUCAUCACGUACCUCAUGGAGCACAAACGGAUCAACGGCCCCUUCCUCAUCAUCGUCCCCCUCUCAACUCUCUCCAACUGGGCCUACGAGUUCGAUAAGUGGGCUCCAUCCGUGGUCAAGGUGUCCUACAAGGGCUCCCCGGCAGCGCGACGCGCCUUCGUGCCGCAGCUCCGCAGCGGGAAGUUCAACGUCCUGCUCACCACCUACGAGUACAUCAUCAAGGACAAGCACAUCCUCGCCAAGAUCCGCUGGAAGUACAUGAUUGUGGACGAGGGCCACCGCAUGAAGAACCACCACUGCAAGCUGACCCAGGUGCUGAACACGCACUACGUGGCGCCGCGCCGCCUGCUGCUGACCGGCACCCCGCUGCAGAACAAACUGCCCGAGCUCUGGGCUCUGCUCAACUUCCUGCUGCCCACCAUCUUCAAGAGCUGCAGCACCUUCGAGCAGUGGUUCAACGCUCCCUUCGCCAUGACCGGGGAGAAGGUGGAUCUGAACGAGGAGGAGACCAUUCUGAUCAUCCGAAGGCUGCACAAAGUGCUGCGGCCAUUCCUGCUGCGCCGCCUCAAGAAGGAGGUGGAGGCGCAGCUGCCCGAGAAGGUGGAAUACGUCAUCAAAUGCGACAUGUCGGCCCUGCAGCGCGUGCUGUACCGACACAUGCAGGCAAAGGGGGUGCUGCUGACCGACGGCUCCGAGAAGGACAAGAAGGGGAAAGGUGGGACCAAAACGCUGAUGAAUACCAUCAUGCAGCUGCGGAAGAUCUGCAACCACCCCUAUAUGUUCCAGCACAUCGAGGAAUCCUUCUCGGAGCACCUGGGCUUCACGGGCGGCAUCGUGCAGGGGCUGGAUCUGUACCGCGCCUCGGGGAAAUUCGAGCUGCUGGACCGCAUCCUGCCCAAACUGCGCGCCACCAACCACAAAGUGCUGCUCUUCUGCCAGAUGACGUCGCUGAUGACCAUCAUGGAGGACUACUUCGCCUACCGCGGCUUCAAAUACCUGCGGCUGGACGGGACGACGAAGGCGGAGGACCGCGGGAUGCUGCUGAAGACGUUCAACGAGCCGGGCUCCGAGUACUUCAUCUUCCUGCUGAGCACCCGGGCGGGCGGGCUGGGCCUCAACCUGCAGUCCGCCGACACCGUCAUCAUCUUCGACAGCGACUGGAACCCCCACCAGGACCUGCAGGCUCAGGACCGCGCUCACCGCAUCGGGCAGCAGAACGAGGUCCGCGUGCUGCGCCUCUGCACCGUCAACAGCGUGGAGGAGAAGAUCCUGGCGGCCGCCAAAUACAAACUGAACGUGGACCAGAAGGUGAUCCAGGCCGGCAUGUUCGACCAGAAGUCGUCGAGCCACGAGCGGCGCGCCUUCCUGCAGGCCAUCCUGGAGCACGAGGAGCAGGACGAGAGCCGGUGCGGCGCCGCCUCCAGCCUUUGCCUGACCGCUGAGCCGGAGGAACCACCUCUAAAGGAGGAGGACGAGGUGCCCGACGAUGAGACCGUGAACCAAAUGAUCGCCCGACACGAGGAGGAGUUCGACCUCUUCAUGCGCAUGGAUUUGGACCGGCGGCGCGAGGAGGCGCGGAACCCGAAGCGCAAACCGCGUCUGAUGGAGGAGGACGAACUGCCGUCGUGGAUCAUCAAAGACGACGCGGAGGUGGAGCGGCUGACCUGCGAGGAGGAGGAGGAGAAGAUGUUCGGCCGCGGCUCCCGGCACCGCAAGGAGGUGGACUACAGCGACUCCCUCACCGAGAAGCAGUGGCUCAAGGCCAUCGAGGAGGGCACCCUGGAGGAGAUAGAGGAGGAGGUGCGCCAGAAGAAGUCCUCCCGGAAGCGGAAGCGCGACGCCGAGGGCCCCCCCGCCGCCCCCCCCGCCAGCACCCGCAGCCGGGAGAAGGACGAGGACAGCAAGAAGCAGAAGAAGCGCGGGCGGCCCCCGGCUGAGAAGCUCUCCCCGAACCCCCCCAACCUGACCAAGAAGAUGAAGAAGAUCGUGGACGCCGUCAUUAAGUACAAGGACAGCAGCAGUGGACGGCAGCUGAGCGAGGUGUUCAUCCAGCUGCCCUCCCGCAAGGAGCUGCCCGAGUACUACGAGCUCAUCCGCAAGCCCGUGGACUUCAAGAAGAUUAAGGAGCGCAUCCGCAACCACAAAUACCGCAGCCUGAACGACCUGGAGAAGGACGUGAUGCUGCUGUGCCAGAACGCGCAGACCUUCAACCUGGAGGGGUCGCUGAUCUACGAGGACUCCAUCGUGCUGCAGUCGGUGUUCACCAGCGUGAGGCAGAAGAUCGAGAAGGAGGAGGAGAGCGAAGGGGAGGACAGCGAGGAGGAGGAGGAGGGCGAGGAGGAAGGCUCGGAGUCCGAGGCUCGCUCGGUGAAGGUGAAGAUCAAACUGGGCCGGAAGGAGAAGGCUCAGGAGCGGCUGAAGGGGCGGCGCCGGGCGAGCCGCGGCUCCCGGGCCAAACCCGUGGUGAGCGACGACGACAGCGACGAGGAGCAGGAAGAGGAGCGCUCCGGCAGCGGCACGGAGGAGGACUGA